UUAUAGACCAUUGUGCUGUGCUGUGCCAUUGCCAUAACCUAAAAAAAAAACCAACAGGUGUUGUUUAUUUAUUAGGAGUGCGAUGUCAGCAGGGGCGGUGGUGGUGGUGCGGGCGGCGCGUGCGGCCGACGCAGCGGCGCGCCUGCGGCUACUUCGCGACGGGCUCGCGGACUCACAUACCGACGCAUUCUUCUACUUUUUCUUCCAAGAGGUGACGCUGCAGGGCGUGGUGCUGGCGGGCGCGGUACUGUUCAUCUUCUGCGGCGUGUCGGCGGCGGCGUGCCUGCUGCUGCUGCCUGUGGCCGCUGUGGUGGUCGCGCUGGCCGUGCGCGCGCACGCCGCGGCCACCGCCGCCGCGUACGAGGCGAAACUGCGUAACGAAGCAGCCGGGUGGGUAGCAGAGUUGCGCGGGCCGCUGCUGGUAUCGCCGGCCGUCAUCGCGCCGGUAGUGCUGGAGCACGAGCUGCGCGGGGAUAGCACGGAGCCGCAACAUAAAGAGGUGGUGGGCACGGUGAGCGUGAGCGAGUACGGCGCGGCGCGGCACGCGUGCUGGGUGUGGGGGCUGGCGGUGCGGCGCGGCUGGCGGCGCCGCGGCGCGGGCGCGGCGCUGUGGGAGUGUCGCGGCACGUAUCACCGGCAGCUGCUGGGCGACGUGCUCACGCUGCCCAUGGCGCACCUGGUCGUUGACCUGCCGUACGCAUGA